AUGCCGCCAGAGAGCCUGCAAGUGGGCACAACAUACGACGAGAAACUGGAUGUGUUUUCUCUAGGAGUGGUGAUGCUGUCGCUGCUUGUGGGACGACAGCCUUCCCCAACUGAAGCUACUGUUCUGCUGGAGAAUGGAACGCGGAGAUCAGUUCCGGAGGGUCGCCGACGCAAAGCAGAUCUGGAUCGACUGGGCUCGGAUCACCCACUGCAUUCUCUGAUCGUGUCGUGUCUGCAUGAUGAUCCUGGAUCUAGACCCACAUCGGCUGAUGUUCACAUGCACUUACUGCAGAUCCCACCUCACUCUAUGUCCGCAGAUCGCUAUUUGAGUCAGUUUGCAGACAUUCUGACGCAACUGCAAACGAUUUCCACACAACAGCAGGCAAUCAUCACCCGAGUGACAGCUGUGGAAGAGAAAGUGAACGGCAUGGAUGCAUGGAGGGAGAGAGUUUCCACCAUCGACACUAACCUCAGUGCCCACUCAUCAACUCUCACUUCACUCAAUUCCACCAUGGAUUCACGCUUGGCUGCAGUGGACUCACGCAUUGCUGCCCUGGAGUCAAGUGCCUCCAGACAGUCGUCUAGUGCUAGUGCACGUGAUUACACAAAGAUCCACAGAGCAAGGUACUCAUUUGGUAGUGAGGGCAGCGGGAGAGAUCAGUUUGACGACCCUAGGGGACUAGCAACCAACAAAGCUGGUGACCUGAUCAUCUGUGACGCCGAAAACCAGAGAAUAAAGAUACACGGUGUUGAUGGCCAGUUCAAGAAGAUGACUGGUCGGAAGGGUACAAAAUGGGGAGAGUUCAGCUUCCCAACAGCUGUGCAUGUAACAGAUGAUGAACGAGUGAUCAUUGCUGAUUCUGGCAACAACCGACUACAGAUCACUGACAAAGACUUCUCCGAGUUCAGCACCAUAGGAAGGCGUGGAUCAGGAAUUGGCGGGUUCCGCUACCCAUAUGGUGUUGUCCAAGUGAACCACAGCGCACUGGGCCAGUGCCUUGCUGUGACUGAUGCAGGGAACCAUCGGGUUCAGAUUGUGCCAUGCAGUGGUGAGACAGGAUAUGCGUUUGGAACAUAUGGUAGUGGUCAAGGCCAAUUUCAAUUUCCAAGAGGCAUCGCAGUGUACCACAACAGGUUGUUUGUUGCUGACGAGGACAACCAUCGCAUCCAGGUAUGUUAUCAUGUUAAUCUGGCAACAACGUCAACAAUGAUGCCGAAUACGACAACAACCGCAAUGACAACGACGGCAACAACGAUGAUGACGACAGAGACGACGGAGACAACAACAACAACAACAACAACAACAACAACAACAACAACAACAACAACAACAACAACAACAACAACAACAACGACGACAAAAACGACAAUAACGACAACAGCGACAACAACGACAACAGCGACAACAACAACAACAACAACAACAACUACUACUACUACUACUAAAACUACAGUACCGGCAACUGAAAUCCGACCCCUGGGCGGUGGGUUCACAUUCUAGCGGUCUCUGUUUCGUAGUUUUACCAUCCCGUGUAGGGUCUUUGCAAUGUGAGCAUUGUGAGCUCAGGGGGUCGGAUUUCAUUUGCCAGCACUGUAGUCCAGCAGCAGCAGCAGCAGCAGCAGCAGCAGCAGCAGCAGCAGCAAUGGAAGCAGUAGCAAGUUCAGCUUUAUAUCGUUGUGACAGGUCUUUGUAGGUGGUUGUUCCAAACUUUGAUGCUUACACUUCAUUCUGAUUGACUUGACACUUGACUGACUCAUGACUGCCGUCUAGAGCCCAUGAGCAGCAAGUGGAAUGUUUGACUCGGAAAAUCUGCAAAAAAGCGCCACCCUCUGCUAUAUGCAGCGUUCCGGGGAAUUCCCCCUAGGGUUCCCAGUAAAAAGGCAACGCCUGUUGAGAGUUCCCUUGUUAAAUAAUAAAUUCUACUACUACUACACCCUGUAUCAGCUGAGCUUCAGAACGUUACGGUAAUCUGUGCUCUGAGAGCUCUGCAACAUGUGUUGCUCUCUGGCAAGAGCCGAGAUCCAAAGUUUGGAGUAGCCACCUUCUUCAAUUAUAUCCACUGAAAUUGCAACAUCUACAUGUAGAUCUGGAAUUAUAUUGUUUCUUUUUUGCAUGUCUAGUGUGCAUGAGACUUUACUGGUAUUGACAACCCAUCUAUCGGAAUAUACACUGGACAGGGUCGGGUAGGAAAUUUUUCAUGUAAUCAGAAAUGAAUGUGUACGUCAUGCAAGUGCUUGAUGGCCAUGUUCGCCUGUUACUUGUCCUUUUCAGUG